UUAAAUUGAUGCAACAAUCGAAUCCGAUCCUCUUGACAAUCUCAAACAUUCUAGAGGAAAUUAUUAAAGAAACUGAUUCUCUUGAAUUAGAAUCGAAUUCUAACUUUCAUGCAGUAGCAGCUCCAGGAAUAACAAUUUACAAUUACUUACAAAGAAUAAGCAAAUACACACAUUGUAGUGAAUAAUGUUUUGUUAUUGCUCUCAUAUACCUUGACAGACUUUAAGAAAAACAUGCAUAUCUCGUAUUAAAUUCUCAUUGUAUACAUAGGUAUAUCUAUUUUUUAUACAAUUUUUAUAGAUUUUUGCUUCUAGCUAUUGUAACUGCAAUUAAAUUUUAAGAUGAUGAUUAUUAUAAGAAUGAAUACUAUGCAAAAGUUGGUGGAGUUAAUGUGAAAGAAAUAAAUAAAUUAGAAUAAGAAUUCUUAGAAUAUAUGAAUUAUGAAUUGUUUAUUGAUGAACAAUAAUAUAUUGUUUAUGAAAAGAGAUUAUUAGAAUAUGGCGAAAUAGAAAUGCCUUGA